AUGCAACGACCAGGCGGUCAGGGGACUGCGUUUUCAAUCGACUCCCUGAUUGGAACCCCUCAGCCCAGGCCGGGGCACCUCCUCUACACGGGCUACCCGAUGUUCAUGCCCUACAGACCUCUGGUUAUCCCGCAAGCUCUGUCCCAUUCGCCUCUGUCGUCCGGGAUCCCGCCGCUCGCGCCGCUGGCUUCCUUUGCCGGGCGACUCACCAACACGUUCUGUGCCAGUUUGGGACAAGGGGUGCCGUCCAUGGUCGCGCUCACCACGACAAUGCCGAGCUUUUCGGAUCCCCCGGACAGUUUCUACCCACCGCAGGAGCUGCCGGGGCCCCGUCUGAGCGCAGCUGACCCUGGAGCGAGGAGACAGGAAAGUCCGCACUCCGACGAGCUACACAGCCGGGACAAAGGCUCCGAGCUGCUCAACUUUUCAGAAACUUUCCAAACAAUAUCAAGUGAGACCAAGCUCUACAGUUCAGACGACGAGAAGCUGGACCUAAAGUCAGCGGACACCGCGUGCAGCGACCGGGACGACAGCUCCGCGGACAGCGAGAACGAAAGUUUCUCAGACGGGAACACCUGCGGGGCCCUGUCCCAGAAGGGCAAACUAAAAACCGGCUCCCAGGAGGCGCUGCCCGCCGGGAGCUCGGCCGGGAAGAGCCGCAGGAGACGAACAGCUUUUACGAGCGAGCAGCUGCUCGAACUGGAAAAGGAGUUUCACUGUAAAAAAUACCUUUCUCUGACUGAGCGCUCGCAGAUCGCGCACGCGCUGAAACUGAGCGAGGUGCAGGUGAAGAUCUGGUUUCAGAACCGCAGGGCCAAGUGGAAACGGAUCAAGGCCGGCAACGUCAACAACCGGUCAGGGGAACCCGUGAGGAACCCCAAAAUCGUCGUCCCCAUCCCCGUGCACGUCAACAGGUUCGCUGUGAGGAGUCAGCACCAACAGAUAGAGCAGGGGACCAGACCAUGAGCUCAGAGGAAACAUCUGAAAACAGAUUAUUCAAAGACUUUCUGUCCCAUUGAAUUUGUUGAACGCAUGAAGAACAAAAACGGAGGAAUCAGUUUUAUUUUAUUUUUCCAUUUAUUUUUAUUUUUGGUCUGAGAGAGAGUUUGCUCACACGCAGAUAAAUUAUUCGUGUUUUCCCUUUUUCUUUUAAUUUAUUUAUUCUCCUGUGAAUAAUGUAAAUAGAAAUGUGCACUACGAGAUGUGACUGUAAAUACUUUGGAAGUAUUUAUUUGUAGGGCCAAAACCUUCUGAUGUGCAUGUCCUCAUUUGGUGAAGAUAUUCUGGUUUAUUUUUUAUUAUUAUUUUUUUGUUUGUUUUGUGUUGCGUAAAAUUUGUUGCAUGGAACUGAUUUUACAUUUUGGUUGGCACAUUUGAGAGAUUUAUUGAGGUUAAAAAGAAAAGAUAAGACGGGAAUAACAAGA